AUGGAUAAGCUUAACUACUAUUCGUUAGUAUCGAAAGUUUGCUCAGAAAUCGAAAAUCACUUCGGAGUUUCGGAUAGAGAUGCAGCCGAAUUUAUUAUUCACUUAGCUACCAAAAACAACAGUUUUAAACUAUUCAAAGCCGCCUUAAUAGAAAAUGAUUUGGGCGACCAGUUUAACGAUUCCCUCAUAUCAAACUUACUGCGUUUGAUCCAGCAUAUGACCUCGGCAGAAAAAAAAGCAGCAGCUAAAGAAAAUCACAAAAUCACUCUGAUCUCCGAUGCCAAAGAAGAAAUUAAGUGCCGCUUACCGGCUCUUGCCAUGCCAAAUAAAAGUACAGACAAUCUCUUGUCGAAGAUUGAAGGAUUAAUGCCAAAAUGGAAAGAAGAAAAAGUAACAGAGAGUAGUGAAAAGACAAGGAGAUCACAUUCAAGGUCUCGCUCCAGGUCCGGGUCUAGAGAUAGGAAAGAUAGAAAACGCAAGAGAAGUAGAAGUAGAGAUCGCCAUAGACAUAGAGAUAGAAGAUCUCGUUCACGUGAAAGAAGAUCUCGUUCGCGUGAUAGAAAGGAUCGUUCGCGUGAUAGGAAGGAUCGUUCACGUGAAAGAAGACGUUCGAGAAGUCGUGAUCGCGGCGCAAGACAUGGAAGAGAUCAAGAUGAUCGUAGAAGCUCUAGAGUCCUUCCAGAUGCUGCUGAAGUUGGAAAAAUAUAUAACGGAGAAGUCAAUAAUAUUCAAAAUUUCGGAGCUUUUGUCCGGUUGCUCGGAUUCCGUACUAAAAUAGAAGGACUGGUACACAUUUCACAAAUCAAGAAAGAUAGAGUUAAGACGGUUUCUGAUGAGCUCUCUCGUAAUCAAAAAGUGAAAGUGAAAGUUUUGGAAAUCUCAGGACACAAAAUAUCACUCAGUAUGAAGGAGGUUGACCAGAAUACUGGUGAGGAUCUCAAUCCUCCAGAAAGUAAACUGUCUGACGAUGCUGUUGGUGUGGCAAUCCGGAACCCUGAAGCUCCUUGGGCUAACCCUGAAAAAGCGAUGGAGGCCGUUCCUAACUCGAGUUCCCGAAAAAGUCGACCUAAACUAUCUACCCCUGAACGCUGGGAGCUUCAACAGAUGAAGGGUGCUGGUGUUGUUGGAUUUAUGGAUAUGCCUGAUUACGACGAAGAGUUGGGAGUGCUGAAGACUCAUGAAGAAGAAUCCGAUGGAGAAGAUAUCGAAAUCGAAUUGGUAGAAGAAGAACCUGACUUCCUCCGAGGUUAUAAUAAAUCGAACCAAGAAAUUGAGCCUGUAAAGGUUGUGAAAAACCCUGAUGGAAGUAUGGCCCAAGCUGCUUUAAUGCAGGGAGCAUUGUCUAAAGAAAGAAAAGAGGUCAAAAUACAGUCUCAAAGAGAGAAAGAACAGCAAGACCAGAGAGGAAGCUUAUCAGGAACCAGGAUGCUUGAUCCCAUGCAAGAGAGACAAGCUCCUGCUUCUAGAGAUGAUGGACCAAUGCGAAGAGAUAAGGACAUGCCUGAUUGGUUAAAACACGUAACUGCUGGUGGAAAGGCUACUUAUGGAAAAAGGACAAACUUGAGUAUGAAGGAACAGCGGGAGUCUCUUCCUAUCUUCGGAUUGAAGCAACAGUUGAUCCAGGCUAUGGCAGACAAUCAAAUUCUUGUCGUCAUCGGAGAGACGGGUUCCGGUAAAACUACUCAGCUCACACAGUAUGCCGUAGAAGCUGGGUUUGCCAGGCGAGGAAAGAUUGGUUGCACACAGCCCAGAAGAGUGGCUGCCAUGUCCGUUGCUAAACGUGUAGCCGAAGAGUUCGGGGCGAAGUUAGGACAAGAAGUUGGAUACACUAUUCGUUUCGAAGAUUGCACAAGUCAAGACACCAUUAUUAAGUAUUGCACUGAUGGUAUGUUACUUCGUGAAUGCUUGAUAGAUCCUGAUCUCACAUCUUACUCAUUGAUUAUGUUGGACGAAGCUCACGAACGUACUAUCCAUACAGACGUUCUUUUCGGUCUUCUGAAAGCAGCCGCCAGAAAAAGACCCGAUUUGAAGCUUAUUAUUACUUCAGCUACACUUGAUGCAGUGAAGUUCUCCGAGUAUUUCCUUCAAGCUCCUAUUUUCACGAUCCCUGGUCGUACAUUCCCUGUCGAAAUUCUUUAUACAAGAGAGCCUGAGACGGAUUACUUGGAAGCUGCAAAUCUCACAGUCAUGCAAAUUCAUUUAACUGAACCCAAAGGAGACAUUUUGGUCUUCUUGACUGGACAGGAAGAAAUUGACACUUCUUGUGAAGUUCUAUAUGAACGAAUGAAGUCUCUAGGUCCUGAUGUCCCGGACCUCAUCAUUCUACCCGUUUACGGAGCACUGCCUUCCGAAAUGCAAACACGAAUUUUCGAACCAGCUCCUGAGGGAAAACGUAAAGUAGUCAUUGCCACUAAUAUCGCUGAAACAUCUCUAACUAUCGAUGGAAUCUUCUAUGUAGUAGAUCCAGGUUUCGUCAAACAGAAGAUUUACAAUGCCAAGAGUGGUAUGGAUUCACUGGUAGUUACUCCCAUUAGUCAGGCUGCUGCGAAGCAAAGAGCCGGAAGAGCCGGUAGAACUGGACCCGGUAAAUGCUAUCGACUCUACACCGAAAGAGCUUACAGAGAUGAAAUGUUACCUACUCCCGUUCCCGAAAUUCAAAGAACCAAUCUGGCUGCCACAUUACUCCAGCUCAAAGCUAUGGGAAUUAAUAAUUUGAUCGACUUUGACUUCAUGGAUGCCCCACCUCUAGAUUCUAUGAUUACGGCUUUAAGUGAGCUGCAUACAUUAUCAGCUUUAGACGGAGAUGGACUUCUUACAAAGUUAGGAAGAAGAAUGGCAGAGUUCCCCUUAGAUCCUGCUCUUUCCAAGUUGCUCAUUAUGUCUGUUGAAUUGAAAUGUUCGGAAGAAGUUCUGACAAUAGUGUCUAUGCUGAAUGUGCAGAAUGUUUUCUACCGACCGAAGGAGAAACAAGAGCAAGCCGAUCAAAAGAAAGCAAAAUUCCAUCAGCCAGAGGGAGACCAUCUGACACUACUGGCUGUUUAUAACUCUUGGAAACAUCAUCAUUUCAGUCAGCCUUGGUGCUACGAAAACUACAUUCAAAUAAGAACGUUAAAACGUUGCCAGGAUGUGAGAAAGCAAUUAUUGGGAAUUAUGGAUCGUCAUAAGUUAGAUAUGAUCAGCUGUGGCAGAGAAGUACAACGGGUUCAAAAAGCUAUUUGCUCAGGUUUCUUCAGGAAUGCUGCCAAGCGCGAUCCUCAGGAAGGCUAUCGUACGUUGGUUGACGGACAAAAUGUAUAUAUUCAUCCUUCCUCUGCUUUGUUCCAAAAUCAACCAGAAUGGGUAGUUUAUCACGAAUUGGUCAUGACCACUAAAGAAUACAUGAGAGAGGUAACGACAAUCGAUCCCAAAUGGCUAGUAGAGUAUGCUCCAUCUUUCUUCAAAGUUGGAGAUUCUACGAAGUUAUCUGCAUUCAAGAGAAACCAAAAGAUCAAUCCACUGUUCGACAAACAUGCCGAGGUUAAUGGCUGGAGAAUCACUCACGUCAAGAAGAGAAUCUACAAUCCCAAUAAAUAA